AUGUCUGACAUUGUAGAACAACUUAAGUUGAUCCAGGCAGAGUUCAAUGACAUAUCUACAACAGCAAAAUUUGAAACGGGUUGUGAUGUUCGAGGGGUUUCCAGCUGUGUAUUAUCACGAACUAAUGCUCCAACAAUCGAUGAUGAUGAUGUAGUGGUGGGUUUCAAUGACGUGGCAGAAAAUAUCAUUGAUGGCCUUACCAGAGGGAUGACAGAGCGUGAUGUAAUUUCAAUUGUUGGAAUGCCUGGACUUGGCAAGACUACUCUUGCAAAAAAAGUGUUCAAUGAUGAAAAGGUUUCUAAUUACUUUAACAAACGCGCAUGGUGUUAUGUUUCUGAAGUAUAUAAAAGGAAAGAGUUGCUCUUGGGGAUUUUAUCCCAAGUUCUCGAGGAUGUUGAUGAAGCGACUAAAAUGAAAGAUGAUGCAGAUUUAGCUGAACUGUUGUAUAGAAAGUUAAAGAGGAAGAGGUACCUAAUUGUCGUAGACGAUCUUUGGGAUAUCAAGGCUUGGGAUGACUUGCAGAGGUCGUUUCCAGAGGAUGAUAAUGGUAGUAGAAUAAUGAUCACAACUCGACUGCAAGAUUUGGCUUCACAAAUUGAAUCUGAUAUGAAGCCUGACAAUCAUCCCACUCCUCUUCGGUUUUUCACCGUUGAAGAAAGUUGGGAGUUAUUACAUAAGAAGGUUUUUCCAACAGAUUGCUGCCCAGAAAAACUAAAGGAACCAGGAAUGCGAAUUGCAAAAAGUUGUCAAGGACUUCCACUAGCUGUUACUCUGGUAGCUGGGCUUCUGGCUAGGACAGAAAAGAAAGAGGUUUGGUGGAAGGAAGUCGCGGAGAGCAUGAGUUCAUAUAUUGUUGAUGAGUACAAUCAGUGCACGAUCAUUUUGGAGUUGAGUUAUAAGCAUUUACCUGAUCACUUAAAACCGUGCUUUCUCUAUUUUGGUGAAUUUCUAAAGCAUCCCCUCAUUCCUAUCAAGAAAUUGAUAUGGUUGUGGAUUGCGGAAGGGUUUGUCCCACAAACAGAUGGCAAGAGCUUUGAGGAUAUAGCAGAGAACUACUUAAAGGACUUGAUAGGAAGAAGCCUAGUAAUGGCUACCAGAAAGAGAUCCAAUGGCUCCAUGAAAGUCUGCCAUGUUCAUGAUCUGUUGCGUGAAUAUUGCAAGAGAAAAGCUGAAGAAAAGAACUUUUUUGAGCUUAUAUGUAACAAGAAUAAACGCACUUUCCGUGAUGAUUUGGAUGAUAUUUUGGAGUCUACAUACUCUGUAUCUCCUGAAGAGCCGCGUACUAUACAUACUCAACGUCGGCUGUGCAUCUAUUCUCAAAGGGAGAGUUUUGUCAAGUCUAGGUCCUCAGGACCACAGGUUCGCUCUUUGUUGUUCUUUGGCAUUAAUGACAUAUCCAUGACAAAGCCGUAUGAUGUCUCCCCUAUAUGUAUUGGUUUUAGAUUACUUAGGGUGUUGGAUUUGGGAUGCAUUAAUGUUGGAGAUUCUUUUCCUGAAGAUAUUGAGCUAAUGAUCCAAUUAAGGUACCUAGCUCUUCAGGGCACCAUGAGGUCUGUCCCACCAACAAUAUCUAAACUCUUGUACCUUGAAACUUUUCUUCUCAAAGCCUUGAGAGGUGAAGUUUGUUUGCCAUACACUUGUUAG